CCCUAAGUUGCAAUUCUCAUUCUUGGUCACUCGAUCGCUUCUUAUCCCAAACAGACGAUAGUUUUCCUUCAAAACAACAGUGUGAGAGAGAGGAGUUGAAAGAAAAAAUGUCCUGCAAUUCUAUUUCGCUCUCCUUUCUUCAGAGCACUUGGGCAUCCUCCCCAAACCAGAAGCUUAUCAAUGCGGCCCGCCCCAAUUUAGUGCCUAGGCUUGCUCGCCACCCUCAACGGCUCGCCGUUGAAGCCAAGUCCAGUACCCGGACAGACGACAGGGUUGCUCGCCAUUCACGCAUCCGUAAGAAGAUUGAAGGGACACCAGAAAGGCCGAGAUUAUGUGUUUUUCGCUCCAACAAGCACCUUUAUGUCCAGGUCAUUGAUGACUCAAAGAUGCACACACUUGCCUCAGCCUCUACUAUGCAGAAACCCAUUUCCGAGGAGUUUGACUACACCUCUGGUCCAACUAUUGAGAUUGCCAAACGAAUGGGUGAAGUUAUCGCAAAAUCAUGCCUUGAAAAAGGAAUAACGAAGGUGGCCUUCGAUCGAGGUGGUUAUCUCUACCAUGGGCGGAUAGCGGCCCUCGCUGACUCUGCCCGGGAGAAUGGUUUGCAGUUUUAGACUUCUAGCAAGAGAAUUAAUUAUUCUUCAUGCUAAUAUUUCAUCCCUCUUUCUCAUUCCUUUCCGUUUGCUACCGUGAAUGUGUGUAAAAUGGAUGAUAAUGCUUUUGAAAUUGGAUGAUGUUUUUGUGAAUCAGCAACUCCUUGCAAAACCUUAUGCGAAGAACUGACGUAAAUCAUUGGAUCUUGGUUCGUCAGUUUGGUCUUUUUUCAACGUAUGUAGCACUUGCCAUUUAAGUUUUAUUCCCUCUGAUAUUUGUGGUUCUCUUACCACAUGAGAUGGGAUCGGACAUUUCAGUCAAAUCCUUUGCUGUAACAAUUUUUCUACUCUAAAUGUUGAUGCUUGUGAAUAAUAAAUUGUCAGAAAUUCAUAUUUGCAAGCAUUAUAAUAUUACUGAGAAACAAUUUUUUUC